UAUGGCCACUAACAAUCUUCCAACAUUUUAUCCAGGAUAAUAAUCAAUGACAAAUGUUUAACCAUCUGUAUAUUAACAACAAGGAGGUGUAGAAUAUUGUAUAUUAAUGUAGGACCUAUAUAUUAAGGUAAUUAAGGACUUCCAUAAGUCUUAGGAUCUCCUUCUGGUAUUUAGCAAAAUCAAUAAAUAACAUAUGGAAAUUGUAUCAAAUGCUUUUCAUAUUAGAAUACGGAUUAAAUGUGCCCAAUUAUGGUGUUCCAUCAUAUUAAACCCCUUAAAGAAUCAUGUCUUAAAGAGUUAUGUAAUAAUCCCCUUAAGCUAUUACAUCUCCUAUAAUUUAAUAAUAAGCUCCUAUGAUUCAAUAAUAAAUUCCUAUAAUUCAAUAAUCAGCUCCAAUUAUUUAAUAAUAAUAAGUUUAAUCAACAGUGUAAUAACCAUCAGUCAGUAUAAGAAUAAUAAUAAAAUUAAAUAGUUCAUAAUGUUGAACAUGUACCAGUUAUACAUGAAUUACAUCAUGUGAAUCGUCCAAUAAAUGUUGUAUCAGUAGAUGAGAUAGAAGGUCCUUGGAGAAGCAAAGUAUUAUUAUUGGAGAAAUAAUUGAUUGAAUUAUAAUUGAUGUUAAAGAAGGGUCCAGUGAAGUAAGUUCAAUCAAAAUAAGUAGUAGUCGAAGAUGAAGGGAAGGUAUAUAAAAUAAAUUAAUAUUACCUAAAUAGAUAAGAUAAUUACAAAGUGAAAUUGAAAGAUUAUAAGGAAUUCUAAGAGAAAACUAGAAAGAGAUUGAUGAAUUACAAUAAUAAAUAAAUGAUGCAACAUAUAAUUUAGAAAAUGCAGAAGAAUAGGCAUCAGCUUAAGUUGAAGCUUAAUCAUAAGAAUUAGCUAAAUGGAAGAAGAAGUUUUCCGAACUGAAUAAGAAAUUUCAUGAUAUUGAAGAAGAUAUUACUAUGACUGAAGCCUAAAUAGAAAGUAUUUAAAAAAGAAAAAUGAUCACUCAAACUACAUCUACUGUUAAGACUACUGCGAAGACAUCAGGAGUAUAUAAUUUAUAAUUAUAAUUAGGGUACUUAUGGUGAUGGAGAUGUCAGAAAGAGUGGUUUUAGCAAUAGGAAUUAUUGA